UUGAUCGUUAAUAUUGCUACAGUAUCAACAAGAGCACAUUUAAAAGGAGCUGAUGACGGCAAAAGUAGCAAGACAUGCUUCUAAAAAGGCAUCAACAUCGGUCAAUAUUAACAAUAAACUGUACUUUUUUAGUAAUUUUAUAGAAGCAGAUUACGAUCAACCAACAAAUUACAGCCUACUUUAUGCAGAGGAAAAUUCUGUUAUAGAGGAAGUCAGUCAUAUCGAGUGUCUCCCUGUAAAUAGUGAACAAGAAAGUACAAUUACAACAUAUACAAAAGAAACUUCACACAAAACAUCUUUAAAUUUUUCUACUUCCACAUCUACAACAGAUUUACCGAAGCUUGAUAAUAUAAAAUUAUAUAAUAUAGUUCAAAUAGAACCCAAGGACUGCGCAAUUGUUAAUGAAACAACCAAUUGUACUGAAGCAAAAUCGGAGAAAUUGAAAGAAAUUAAUCAAUUGAAAAGCUACAUGGAAUUCGGAAAUAAAGAUAAAGAGUGUGGAGGCGCCGAUGGAGAAAUAUAUUUACCAGAUGAUGCAGAAGAUUUUGAUGAUAAAUGUAACGAGGAAAGAUUAGAAAAAAUCAUAAAUGUUACUCCAUCGCAAUCACCAGUAGAAUUGUGUAAAGAUAGAGAUGGAAAGAUAGUAACAUUUGUUGAAGACCGUUUCUCAGAACAAACACCUUUGAUGUUUUCUAGAUGUAGUUCAUUAGGCUCUCUUAGUGGUUGUGAUCAGCAAUCACUUCACGAUGAUCGUAGCUCUGUAGUAAGUGAUUUUAGUCGAGGAGCUAGCGAAGUUGUUUCUCCAAGCGAACUUCCAGAUUCACCGGCACAGCUAGUUUUUUCUAGUGUACAGCAGAAGGAUAAAAAAUUGGGACGAAAAAAAAUACAACAACGUGAUAAAAUUCAAUCUUCUGAAAUGUGUUCAUUUCAGCAAGAAAUUUCAAAACGUAGCAUCUUCGAAGAUGAUUUAGCAAUUUUUAAAGAAGAAUCUACUCCAGUCAAAUUUCAAUCUGUAACUGCGAGUAGCUUAAGUUCUUUGACAAUAGACGACGAUGAAGAUGUAGAUGAACGUGAUCAAGACGAAGAAAAAAUUCUUGACGAGUACAUUAGAAAAGGAAUUGCAAAAGUAACUCGACAACACAUAGACAACGUAUCGUCAUUUAAUUUACCAACAAAUGAUACAUAUGAUUCAAAUAUAUCCGAGGGAGAAAGGCAAUGUCAAAGUGAUUGUAAAUCUAAUAAUUCAUUAGAAUUGUUUGAUGAAAAUUCUGAUUUAACUGCUGAAGAAGAAAAAUUGCUCGAUGAAUGCAUAAGAAGAGGAAUUGCAAAAGUUACAAGACAAAAUAUAAAUGAUGUUACUUCUCUAAGCUUACGUUCCAAUCUUCCUAGGAUAUCUACACUUUCUAAUUGUGAAAAAAAUGAGAAACUAGAAAAACAACAAUUAAAGCAUGAACAACCACAAAAGCGUACAGCUAUUUGUCAAACAGAAUAAAAUAUUAUAAAUAUAAU